AUAAGAAAGCAGAAAGAUAUUCUAGAGCACACAAAGAAAAAGAUGCAAAGACAGGAAACAGCUGGUGCAAGACAAGAAAUUAAAGAGCAAACGCAAGCUGUGAGCAUCCCAGCUACUACGAACAUUGAUGUCAUAGCAUUGGCUGUUGAAACAAAAACCAGUUCAGAAGCAGUUACCCAACUGACACCAGCAGAGAAGGCACUAGAAGCUGGUAGGAAAUAUGUGAUCCUACCAAACAUUAAAAAGAGGAGAAGACAUGAUAAAAAACUGGACAUUGCCAUGAUUGAAGCAGUGGAGAAAAUGUUGGUCAAGCCAGCAGGAAAGCUCUUAAAACAUGCAUCUCUGCCACAGCUGAACAGGGUCAUUGAAAGAGAGAUGAAGGUGCCAUGGAAAAUCCGAGUCUACAGAGCUAGUCUUCCCAAUCUACUGAACUUUGAUGAAUAUAAAACUAGAAAGAGAAUGCCAGCUGGGGAAGAUGAAAGAGACUGGGUUCGUAAAAUAUGGAACCGCUGGUUUGAUCAAGUGUUCCCACCCACCCCGGAUGAUUCUGAUCACGUAGAUGUGGAUUUUCGAGAUCAAGAGCCAGUUGAUAGAGAAGAAAAUGAAAAACCAUGCACAGAAGUGGUCAGUAACAUCCUGUCUCAGGAUGUGUCUGAAAUUGAACCAAUCUUGGAUACACCAGAAAACAGACAGAUAUACCAGAUUAUUCUUCAAGAAAUUGAGAAGCUGAGUGGUUCUGAUGAAACAACAAACAGACACACAGCAUUUGACUUCUGUCGGCGUGGUGCACUUUACAGAAAGAUAGGACAAUUGAAAAAGGCAGAAAUGGAUCUGAACAGGGCAAUUGACAUGGAAUCAGACUUGCUAGAUGCUUACUGGCACAGGCAUCUGCUGUUUAUCUUGCAGGACAGGAAAGCUGCAGCUUUAGAUGAUCUUAAGUUGAUCUUAACCAAGAAUAAACACCAUCCUGGAGCACAUAGAUCUAUGGCUGAAAUUAACAAACAACAAAAUGAUACCACAAUGGCCAUCUUCAACUAUUCAUCUGCAAUUAAAGUUAACCCAUCAGAUCAUGAAGCUUACUUCCAGAGAGCACAGAUGUAUGAGCAGAGAGGGGACAUGCUUUUGGCCAUGGAGGACUAUGCUAAAGCAAUGAAAAUAAUGCCUUCUCGCACAGAUGCCAUCAUGAAGCAUGCCAUGUACUAUUUUGAAAAUGGAAACUGGCAGAGUGCCAUCAAAGACUUCACACAGAUGCUAAAAGUUGAUCCCCUUAGUGCCACAGCUUAUCUGUAUCGUGGCCAGGCUUACACCAAGUUAAACAACUGGGUAUCAGCAGUCCAAGACUUCAGUUCUGCAAUCCAUCAUGACCCACACAACUGGCAAGCUUUCUUUCUGAGAGCUUGCAUUCUGAGAAAAGCACAUCCCAGGAAAGCUCUACAAGACUUCAGCGUGUCUUUACUGCUGAAUGACACUGAGGACAAUUACUUAUCCUACCUCCAUCGUGGCAUAUUAUAUGAUUCUCUGAAAAA